AUGAAAGGCCAAAUGCGGUUUAGAGUGAAAGACAAGUUAGCACCAAAAUAUGUUGGGCUAUAUGAAAUUCUUGAGAAAAUCAAUCCGGUGAUGUAUCAGGUAGCCUUACCGCCGAUCAUGGAGCAUAUGCAUAAUGUUUUUCAUAUAUCUAUGCUUCAAGAGUAUUUGAGAGAUCUAUUCCAUGUGAUUGAACCAACUCAUAUGCUUCUGAAAGAUGAUUUUACUUAUGAAGAACGGCCAAUACAGAUUGUUAACAGCCAAAUCAAAAAACUAAGGAACAUAGAAAUUCCAUUGGUGAAGGUUGAUUGGCAAAACCAUGGAGGGACUUAUGCGACUUGGGAGAUCGAAGAAGAUAUGAUGAAAAGAUACCCAUAUUUGUUCCCUCUAGACUUGGCAUUUUUCCAAAACGAACAUAAUUCAAGUUUGGAGGACCAAACUCUUUUAAGAUUGAAGACUAUAACAACCUCGAAAUAUGAUUAG